AUGUCACUCGUUCUCCCAGGUUUCAUUAAGACACAAAUCUUAAAGGAUAUUGGCUAUGGUUUGGUCAUUGGUGUCAUCCCAGGUCUCUACUUCAAGUUUGGCUAUGUCAACAAGAUCCAAAGAGAAAGAGAAGAAUACUAUGCUGCUUUGGACAAGCAACCAAUCGACGAUGCCAACAUCUAA